AUGUCUUCGUACUACUUCGGCGCGCACCCUCAGCCUACUCCUGCGACGGCUGCUCCCGUCUCCCACAGCCACCAUGGCGGACGCAAUCGCAGAGCGCCGAGGCUAUCCGUCUCGCAGAACCCCCAAAAGCAGUUCCGCGGCGUCCGAAGCAUGAAGGACUUGACCGAAUCCCUCAACAUCACCAACUUCCGCAUGAAGUUCGAAGCGCACCGGUCCUUCGACCUCGAAGAUGACAUGGAGUUUUGCCCGGGGCUGUUGACAGAGAGUGAUCUCAUCUCCAUCCACAGCUCGGCUUCUGAGCGCUCCUCGCUGGCCAGUAACUCCCCUCAAGGCUCGCCUACUCAGCAGCCUACCCAGAUUGCCACGGCAUUCACCCUCCACUCGGCCUCUCCUGCCUUCAUCCCUCCGGCCUUCCAGCCUCAGCAGUCUCCCUUGAAGCUCCACCAGCCCUCUGCCUCUCGUCCCCGGAACCCGAUUCCGAUCGUCAACCCGGUGACUGGCAUGAGCAUGUCGAGCCCGCCGCCCUCGGUCUCCCCUGCGCGGGUGCAGCAGACCGUCGGCAGACGGUGGUAA